ACGAUCUCUUGAUUGCUCUAGCACUCACAGUGCUUGCGUGCGACGAUAUCGCGCAGUGAAUUCGGAGCAGGUGAUGAAUCCGAGACGGCGUCCUCAGCGACAGCAAGUACGCCAAUCUACAAAUGCGGACACUACGCCUCUCUUGGACCCCUUGAGGACGAGGCAGCUACGUCCGCCGUAUUACGGCGCACAGGCGUUCCAGCACACGUCCACGACUACAGCAUUGUACCCAGACGGGCGCGACAUGCUCCUCGCUCAAGCACGAGAGAAGGAGCUCGAACUCCAGGGCGUUUACGCUCUCCUGAAUGCCGGCGUACCCAUCAACCAACUUCCCGUCGAGCUCCUUGUCGAAAUCUUUGCCCGUUUCCAGAGUGUAGAUGACCCCUCACACUACUGGGCCAACGUCCUUCGCGUUUGCAGACACUGGUUCGUCGUCGGCUCUACGGCGGGCAAUCUUUGGACGAACCUCAAAGUCAGCGAUAGCACUAACCUGUUGCGCACUGGCCUCUUCCGCUCAAGUGCAGCAGAGUUCAGUGUGGAGAUGGUGUGUGCCCGGACCCACCCUCUCACGGAAGCCGCUGCUUUCGUUGCGCCCCACAUGCAUCGCCUUCGUGGCCUCCGGCUAGGAAGGAUCCCAUCUACGAGUGUCCCUGCUCUCGUCGAGUUUAUGGACAACGCGAUGCCUGCCCUGCGUCACUUUCACGCGACCGGGGAUGAACGCGGUCGCAACCUUACCCUUCGCCUUUCUCCGGAGUGUUUUCCCCGUUUGGAAGACCUCCGGGUCUCACACAUCUGCGUCUGGAGUAACCUGCCCAUCUUCCCGCAAUUACGAACUCUCCAUAUCUCCGGUCGCUCUGUCGGUGCGCCCACACUGAAGACCGCGACGUUGCUGGAAUCACUGCGUCGCAUGGAGAAUAUCGAGGACCUUGUCCUGUCCGGUGUACUGGUAUCCGACCUCGGCGGGUCUCCGUCGUUCGCGAGCAAAGAUCGCGUAGUGCUGAGGAAACUGCGCAAGCUCGUCGUGAACAUGGAAGGGCCGCUCAUCAAGCAGAUGCUCUCCGUCAUCACAAUCCCUCCCGAAGCUACCGUCCACUUCAGCUCUCCUGUACGAGGCACAACAGCGGCGGGGAACUCCGCUAAUAUGGCGGGGAUGCUGCCAGAGGACAGACGCGCCGGCCUCCCUGUGCUUGCCUGCAUCACCGAGGCGUGGAUCAACACGUCCGCCACCAAGCACAUCGUAGCAGGAUAUACGGCGGCGGUGCCAGCUUCGACCAGGGGCGCGGUCCCCCCUGUGCUCUUCAUCCUCGAGCUCCCCGAAGCCAACGACUUGGGAGGCGCAGCCGGUGCUGGAAUCGGCCUUGCGGGCCUUGUCGAAGUCUUCCGUGACUCGCCGCUAGAGUCCGUCACCGUCGAGACGAGCUCUUCGAUAGUUGCGCAGGUGGAGUGGCGGGAUUUUUUCGCUGCGCUGCCGACUCUGCGCCGCCUGGACUUCACCACCAUCCCGGACGCACUGGCCUUCACCCCAGACUUGAUGUUCGCGGCGCUGGAUCCUGGGCCUGGGGACACGUUGCCUCCCUCCAGCACGGUAGAGGAGGAUGCAGGUCUUGGCACUGCCGCUGGCGACGUCGUCCUCUGUCCGAGUCUGCGGCGCAUGCGAUUGCAUCGCUUUCCGGCCGACCUGAACGCGCUUCUGGAUACAGUGGAAACGUGCUUGGAGAAUCGGCGGCGGAGGCUGGGGAACGCGGGCGAGCACGCGCUCGAGGAGCUGGUGCUGAACGUGGUAGAUCAGCCUAACCAUGCGGCCUUCCUUGUCGCCAGGGCUGCGUUUGUAGAGCGGAUGGUGCCGCUGGUGGGGACCUUCGCAUGCCGUAACUCUCAAUUUAUCUAAGCUCGUCGCUGAGGGUGUUGCGAUAUAGGUAAGUACAUAUUUGUUAGAUUUCUUGGUACAUUUUAUUUGCAGUUUCGUGAAAUCUGCUGCACUCACUCG